CAAAAAGGUGGGAGGGAAUCUUCACUGCAUCAUGGCUUUCCAGAGGGUCAACUGGCAGAAGCUAGGCCCCUGGGCCCUCAACCUGGAGAACCUGAGGCAUGACCUCCACCACCAGGGGUCUGAGAGGGCCCAGGGGGGCUUAGCAGAGGUCCAGGAGGACAGCGAGAAGACCUCAGGAAAACACCAGGUUUUGGCCCGGCUAGGCCGCUCCAACAGCACAGGUACCAGUAACCAGAAGGUCGUAGCUUGGAAACAGCUGCCUAACACCACAGAGUACCGACACAGGAGCUCACCUGAGAGUGAUGUUGAAGAAGAUACCACAGAUGACUGAGAUUCCAAUGAGAUUCCAAUGAGCUGUGAAGUUAGUGCUGCUAAAAUAUACUGGUUAGUAUAUCAAACGUUCUCAAAAUAGUUUUUCACCCCCCCCCCAAAAAAAAAGAGAGAGAGACGAAAGUGUUGUUUUACCCUGUCUAGCAUCAUCCAGAUUCCAUCAAGGAUUUUACUUGAUUAUUGCAAUGAAAAGUUAGUACAACAUACAAGUUGAUACACUUUAGUGUGAAAAGCUACGUUUAAUCGUCUAGCAAUGUAUAGAGGACUGCUGCUAUUAAUCAGAAUGUCUGAAAGCAUUGUAUUUAAAAGCCAUUUAAGAAAUAAAAUAAUAAGAAUAAAAUAUAUUACACUUUAAAGUGAGUGUGUUAGUUUGCGAAUGUGACUGAAAUCCAGUGACUACUGUAAGCCAAGUUUUUCUCAACUCCACGAUGCACAUCACAUCAAUGGAGUUGAGCGGAGACGACUACAACGAGUCGCUGUCCGUCGAUAAACCCUUACCGUGUCCCUAUGUUUGUCCUCUGUAGCUGGUUUCCUUAAUUCCUUACCUUGUGCCUGUUUGUCCUCUGUAGCUGCCUUUCUUACUUCCUUACCUUCUACCUAUGUUUGUCCUCUGUAGCUGCCUUUCUUACUUCCUUACCUUGUACCUGUGUUUGUCCUCUGUAGCUGGUUUCCUUAAUUCCUUACCUUGUACCUAUGUUUGUCCUCUGUAGCUGGUUUCCUUACUUCCUUACCUUGUACCUGUGUUUGUCCUCUGUAGCUGUGUGCCUUUCUUUGUUUGCUGAUAUCCAUACUUUUUAAUAAAACCUUUAUCCAAUACAACCACAGACUCUUUCCUUGUAUCGACUGACAGCGACUCCGCCCACCGUUGUUGCACUCCACCGAGAUGUACAUAUGGUAGAGUUGAGAAACAACCAUGGUAGACUUCAGAAACCCAGCUACAGGAACACUAACUACAGAAACAACCAUGGUAGACUUCAGAAACCCAGCUACAGGAACACUAACUACAGAAACAACCAUGGUAGACUUCAGAAACCCAGCUACAGGAACACUAACUACAGAAACAACCAUGGUAGACUUCAGAAACCCAGCUACAGGAACACUAACAGUAGAAACAACGAUGUACAUAUGGUAGAGUUGAGAAACCCAGCUACAAUAAAACUAACUACAGAAACAACCAUGGUAGACUUCAGAAACCCAGCUACAGGAAAACUAACUGUAGAAACGUGAAUCAAACAGUACAGUGGGUACAAUUGACAUUGUGAUGUCCUGUGAAACUAUGUAGAUGUUCUUUUCCCAAAGAAAAUACCUGAGAAAUCAAGUCAACGGAUGCUAAUCACCGACCAAGAUGUAGAGAUUUAUCUUUGUGCUGUUAUUGACGUCCAACAUGAGAGACGAUGGAUAAUGAGUGCAUGGUUGUGUCUAAAGCCACAGUUAACUCUCCUGCUCAAGCAUCUGUGGUUUUGUGUUUACAUUUAUCCAUGUGAUUUUAGAUUUGCUUCUUUUUCUUAAUAAAUAACAAUUUAUAUCAAAAA